GGCGGCGGCGGUGGUGGUGGCGGCGGCGGCGGCGGCGGCGGCAGGACCAGCAUGCACCACCGGAACGACUCCCAGCGGCUGGGGAAGGCUGGCUGUCCGCCAGAGCCGUCGUUGCAAAUGGCAAAUACUAAUUUCCUCUCCACCUUAUCCCCCGAACACUGCAGACCUUUGGCGGGGGAAUGCAUGAACAAGCUCAAAUGCGGCGCUGCUGAAGCAGAGAUAAUGAAUCUCCCCGAGCGGGUGGGGACUUUUUCCGCUAUCCCGGCUUUAGGGGGCAUCUCAUUACCUCCAGGGGUCAUCGUCAUGACAGCCCUUCACUCCCCCGCAGCAGCCUCAGCAGCCGUCACAGACAGUGCGUUUCAAAUUGCCAAUCUGGCAGACUGCCCGCAGAAUCAUUCCUCCUCCUCCUCGUCCUCCUCGGGGGGAGCUGGCGGAGCCAACCCGGCCAAGAAGAAGAGGAAAAGGUGUGGGGUCUGCGUGCCCUGCAAGAGGCUCAUCAACUGUGGCGUCUGCAGCAGUUGCAGGAACCGCAAAACGGGACACCAGAUCUGCAAAUUUAGAAAAUGUGAAGAGCUAAAGAAAAAACCUGGCACUUCGCUAGAGAGAACACCUGUUCCCAGCGCUGAAGCAUUCCGGUGGUUCUUUUAAAGCAGUAGUGUAUCUUAUUUUCAAGGCAUUUGGAAACGAAGGGCAAACUAAUGUCUUGUUUUAAGAAACCACUUAGUCCACCAUUGAAGAAAAUAUCCAGAAAUUAUUUUCAUUUUAUGUAUAGGGGUUUCUUCAAAAAAACAAGAGGAAAAGAAAAGAAAAAAAAGACAUAAAAUUAGCAGGGAAGCUUGGGGAAUUGGCCAGUCUAUUUGCUUUCAAUACACUGAUUCUUUCUUUGAUGUAAUUCAGCUAUACUAGUGAAGUUGUUGUCUAUUUUGAAAGUGGCUGUAAAAAGGAAAAAAAAAUAAGUUUGGGUAACCCCCGACUGUAAAAUCAUGUAUCUUUGCAAAGGACAUAUCUAUACUUCAUUUUCAAAUAUAUGUGAUUCAGUACUGUAAACUGUACAGAUAGCAGCUUGUAUUUUGUGUGUUUAGACACAAGGAGACAAUCAUGUCUGAGCAUCUAUGGAGAUUAACAGUUUGUACACAACAAUAUGGUUCUGCAAGUUAAAUCUGGAGCAAUAAAUUUUAGCUUUAAAUAUUUUUGCCAGUGGUUUGUAGAAGCAGCAGCAACACUGGUGGUAAUUCAUGCAUCUUUCUGUAGAGACUCGGUGGCCGGUUUUACAAGACUAAGAGAUAACGCUGCAUCCAGCAUCACCUUCAAAUGUGUCAGUAUAAGAGGAAAAGCUACUGUGAAGGUUUCAAUGAAUCUUUUGAGCACUAUAUUAGAGUAGUGGUUAUGCACUUGCGUUGCUUACAAACGAGCUGUACAGAGGGUAUACCCCCAAAUCCUUAGUGUAGUUGACUUGUUUGGGUUGCACUGUAAGGGGAGUACUCAGAAUAGUUGGGAAAUGCAGAAUCAGUUGUAUAAAUUUUUUAAUUAAAAAAUUGUUUCCUAGGCUGAAACAGAUCAUAGAAAGAGACAGUCAUGCCUGACAAUUUUUUUUUCCCUAGCCACACACAGGCUGUCCAAGCUUUUUGGUUAUUUGUUUAUUCUUUUGCUUUGGGGAGGGGUAGGAAAGAUAAAAACAGAAGGGUCUUCAAAUGUUUUAAUUCCAUGUAUGACAUUGAAUGGGCAGGUUGGAAACAAUCCUUGAAGGCAUCAAAGCCUACUUUAAGGCAUGGCUGGGCAUAUUUUCAAGUUAAAAACAAUUAAAGACAUUCAUUAAAGUGAGGUGGGUUUUUGUUUCUUUAUCUUCCUUUCCAUAGCCUCUCAGUUGGACGAGUGGUCUUCCCCCAGCCUCGCAGAGGAACGCCCACUGCUCCCAUUCCCGUUCUUAUCCCAGGAUGCUUUCUUUCCAUAAAGCAAGGCCACAGUGAGAGGAAUUUCAUAAAAGAUGAGACAGCUGACCCCCCAGGAUGCUUAGAACCCAGGAGCCUCGUCCUCUAAGAUUGGGGUUUCCUAGGACAGUUGUAUUUCUUAAAGGACGCCUAUCCCAUUAAAACAAAUUAUUAUUUUUUUAAAAUUAGACUGUAAGGGUCAGUUUCAGGAAUAAAACAUAGUUUAGUAAAAAAACACAUAGAAUAGCAAACUUGCCAUGUUCUCACGUCUUUGUUCUAUCUGCCUGUCAAACCGGGGAGUGAGAAGGAAAACAACAGAAGAAGGGUGGUGGUAGAGCAGUGAGAACUUCAAAGUGUAACGUGCUCCGAAAUCUUUUAGUUUUGAAUAGGAAAUGAGAUUACAUUUUUUUUUCUAAAGGCACGUCAAGUACAGUGUCACUGAGGCACCUUGAUGAGAGCAGAGGAGGUUUGCAUGACGCCAGCGUGGGAUAGCCGUGGGGUGAAUGUGCCUAGCUAGCGUACCAACGCCUCCUCUACAGUAUGGUCAAGCAGUCUCUGUGAGGAGAAUGCACUAUGUGUUACACCCGCCUGUGUUUAGAGAAAGGAAUGAAAUCAUCAGAAGCUAAAAUGGGCUGUAUAUUACUUUUGAGAUAGCUUUGUACUCCAUGUGUAUUCCUUAGAGGGUUGCUGGUUAUCAUUUCUGCUUCUGCUGUAGGACCAAUAAGCGCUGUAUGAGUUCUUCAUUGUCUCAUUGUUUCUUUUCCCCUCUCUCUCUCUCUCUCUCUCUCUCUCUCUCUCUCUCUCUCUCUCUCUCUCUCUCCCUCUGUAUUUACGAUUUUUUAUUUUACUUUAUUCUUAUUUUUGCCAAUGUGUUAACUAUGAGUAUGUGGAGACUUAUUUUCACACUUGAAUGGGAAGCUUCCCUUGCAUUUGUAAAAAUGACUACAAAUGAAACAAAGUUCUUUUCAGACUGUAGAAGGCACACAAUAGGGUCCUCAUAGCAACAUAUGGACAGCCAAAAACUCAAGGUGGUACUGCAUGUCUUGAUGUAUUCUGUUUUUUAGACUUUUGUGUUUUGUUUUUUUAAGACAGUGAAUAUGUGUAUUGUAAAUGUGUGUUUCAUAUGGCAGUUCAUUUAUUUUUAAUGAAAGGAAUGUGUUACUAUAAUGAGUAGUGUGGCCUUUUUUUUAAAUUCUUACAUUUUGUUAUUUACGGUAAUUUCUCUUAUACCACAUAUUUUUUAUAUUUUCUCUUAAACUCAGUUUACAAAAUGUAGGGUACAUAUACAGUUCUCACUGGUGAUGGUAAAGGAAUUAUCCUAGAUUCCCUCUAGUUUUCUUUCUCAAGUGUCGGUCUACAGACAACUUGUAGCCUUAGGGCAGUGACUUAAAGGUGUGCAUUUUCCUUAUUCCAAAAUAUCAAUGAAACAUAACCUUUAACGGUUGCUCACUCUAUGCUCCAUUCUUCAUAUCAAGGAAAUUUGGAAAUUAGCCAUCAGAUUGUAGGUUGUAUACAUACAACUUAAAAAUCACACCUCAGAUACUGCCGAGGUUUUUAGAGAAAUUCACACACACUUGAGUUCAGUCAUCAGUGGAUGUCUUGUCCUGGCAGCAUUUGAGAGAAGCACAGGAGAAUAUAUGGGCUAUUGACACCUACUGUACUAAGCAAAUGUUCCUCUUAGCUAGCCCUCAGCACUCUGGGAAUGUUGUAAGGCAGAGCUGCCUUCUCUGACCUUCAGAUUAAGGUGACUGUCUUUCUAGCCGCCUCCAUCUGUCCUCAUACAAGCAGGGGCAUGCUCACAAAGUAGUACUGAAUCCAUCCAUGGGACACAAAUAGAAUCAUCGUCCCCCUAAGAUAUGCAAAUAUAAGAAGUCUCCUGGUUGCUUAACCCUCAACCUUCAGUUUCCUUCUGAGCUAUCCCAGGGAGUGGAAGACGAUGGGCUUGCCAUGACUUAAUAUUAAAUAAUCACUAAAAGAAAGAAACGUUCCAUCCCUGUCAGAACCCUUGGCAUGGACGUUGUGCAAUUAGUGCUAAAGCACAGAAAGCCUUGAAGCCGAUAGUAUCAGUAAUCACAGAAUGAAAAGAGGGGCGCACUUAAAUGAAUGCAUGAUUCGGGGUCAAAUAUGUUGGGCAGAGAGCUGUAGUGGGUCUUUGAUCAUGGUGAGAUUCACAGCAAUAGCAAACAGUUGGUUCCAUGUAGCAGAUAAACGUUUCAGAUUUUGCUUUUAUUCCAUUUGGCGUUUCACACUGAGAUCUGUAUUCCUAGUGAAUGGAGCACAGCUACUGUGUUCCGAGCGAUUCCAUUUCACGACAGCCAAAUAGAGAUUUCAGGACGUGGGUCUCAAAGUGCUCCUUUUCCGGUGUCCUCCCAUUCCCAACUGUGCAGUUAUCGGUUACAUUUUCUAAUAGAUAUUUGUGUAAAGGUGUAUGUAAGCGUGUGCAGUUAUUUAAAAAAGCAGUUUUGGAAAACAGUGUAUUUAUUGAAGAAAAAAAAUCACUUAUGGGGCAUGUACAAAACUGUAAAAAAAAUUAAAAAUCACUUCAAUUU